UAUCACUCAGCCGUGAUGCGCAGUGAUACACAGUUGUUCGGGGUGACGGGGAACUGUGCGGCGUGCAGCAAGCUCAUCCCGGCCUUCGAGAUGGUCAUGAGGGCCAAGGAGAAUGUCUACCACCUGGACUGCUUCGCCUGCCAGCUCUGCAAUCAGAGGUUUUGUGUGGGAGACAAGUUCUUCCUGAAGAACAACAUGAUCCUGUGUCAGACGGACUAUGAGGAAGGGUUGAUGAAGGAGGGCUACGCACCACAAGUCCGCUGACCUCCACAGAUGGCGAGGAGGAGGGAGGAGGAGGAGGACUUGAAAAGAAGGGAAGUGGGAGACAGAGAGAGACUGAAGGGCGGAGGUCUUGCAAUCACCCACCAAAAGCACUAAUGCCUCCUCUCCAGCACCAUCUGGCCCCACAUGUAAAUACCCAACCUGCCCACCUUUCUAAGGGACCUCUGCUGUACAGAAUAGCCAUAGAGACUGAGAUUUUUUUUAGGGGGAGGCCUCUAAGAAGUUACCCUGGACUACUUGUAAAAAAAAAAAGAAGAAAAAAAAAAAAUCGACAACAACAAACAAAAGAAAGUUGCAUUUGUUGGUUUUUGUGUUCUGAUGAAUGCUGCCUCUCAGCCUGCCGCUAAACGCAGGCCUGACAAAGCUGUCCGCCACAACUUCAGACUAUGUGGCAUCUCCCAUCUCCUGCGGUAAUACAAAAUCACAGAGGCCCUCCUUCCCAAAUCCAAACAAUUACCGUCCCAUUCUCUCAAGAGGGGGUCACGGGCAAAACAAUCAUGGUGGCCAUGGCCGAGGACCGCCUGACUCCCCAGGCAGGGGGACAGACGGCAUCCGUCCGUGUGUGAGCGUCACACCUCAGGCUGAGGAGGGAUUUUUUUUUACCCGAGUAUCAAUUCUGUCAUAAUCCCAAUCUACCACUUCAGCCCUGCUCUGACUUGCUCUACAGACACUCUCCAAAGAGCACUGGAUGUGGUCGGGGAGAGGGGGGGUAGGGAGGGGGUGGGGGGGGGGGUAUUGGGGUUUGUGUCAUUUUUGAUGGAGCCCUCAUAUUUGCUAAAAAAAAAAGAAGAAAAAAAGCCUUGCUUUCACACUGGGAGCUGAUCUACUGGAUAAGGGACGUGAUGGGGGGGAGGGGUGGGUGUUAGAAGACUCCGCACUGGGGUGGGGCGGGGGGGGGGCGGUGAUGGUGUUAUGGGUUGUUACUUUUUGUACACUGUAUUUAUUUGAUAAGCUCUCAGUGCAUCACCUGUUGUCCCCAUCAUGGCAUUGAUGUAACAUGCUGAUACUUGAAUCCAAUCACUGUUCAAGACCCUUUUUCCACCUUUAUCAAUGUGACAGCGGUUGCCAGGUUUUCGACAUUGCUCACAGUUUAGCACUUACUGUCAUCAAAAAAACCACGAUGAUGUCGCCUUACCAGUUGGUGUAUGGGUGCUUGGUCACCGUGACCUCAAGCCACAAUGGGUCUUACCUUACAUCAGAAGACGAUCACUGGAUGACUCAGCUUAAAUAACUGUAGAGACAGUAAGAGCAACCAUGCUUUUCAUAAUUUGCAAGCAAAUGCAUCAGCAGUUAACGCAAAUAGGGUGCUGGUAAACAAAAAACGUAAAAAACGUGAGGUUGAUUCAUUUGUAAAUCGUGGUUGUACAUAAAAGAAAUAUUCCUUUUGCUUGCUGUUGUAUAAUGAUUUCUUUUUAUGUGUCAUCCAGCAUGAGAUGUUUAUUUUUAGGACAACGCUUGUAAAUACUGUAUUGUAAUAAUUUUAAGCACAAAUGUAAUACAGUUUUAUUGUGUUA